AUUGAAUGUUUUAGAGUUAGUUAGACGCUUUUUCACCAACCGCGAGGUUUAUUCAACUGAGAUGUCAAAGUUGGUGCCACUUAUACGAAGCAUUACCCAAAAAGGGUCGGCAUCUGGCACAAUGUACAUAGGACAUGUUGUGCAAAGGAGUGCUGCAAGACCAGAUGCUCUGAAAAUACAGACAAGCAAAAUGGUUUUGGACAGAAAUUUGAAAAAAUAUUUCUCUGGGAGAAAGUUCUAUUGGGCAGAAGAUAAUUCCAAUGACUGUCUAAUAGGUGACAUAGUGUUGAUCAGAUCCCUUCCCAAAAAUCUGGACAAGAAGAGAGUAACACACAAAGUUGAUCGCGUUGUGUACAAACUUGGUUGUGUCGUGGACCCCGUUACUGGUCGGCGGUGCAGAGGAACAGAAUUCGAGGACGAGGCUGAUAAAGGGACAGAAAAACCAUUAGUGAUUGAGGAAAUAAAGUGACGGAGAACAUUAAUUAUAGGCAGUGUACAAUUGUGUUUGAUGGAAGAUGGAGACGAUUGUGUAUGCAAAAUGUUUAGGAAUCCCGAGAUAUGACUGUGAUAGGUAUUACAAACAAUGAUGAUAUCCAGUGCCUGUAUUAUCCAUUGCUACACAGUAAAUCAGUAGGUUCCGGAAAAUAUUUACUUUCCUGAUUUAAAAAAGCUGUGUGAGUUACGAAACAUGCUGUAUGUUAUGCUUGCAUGUACAUAUACUUAAUAGAGUGUAUAAAUAUCACCAUAUUAUACAUAUUAUAUAUAUGCAAGUGUAAACUUUGCCAGGAAAUUUGAAGUGUGUGUAAGAUUUUACAUUGAUUCUAAGUGUAUAGAUGCAGAAAAAAACAUUAAAAUGUUUAAAGUGAAAUCUUUUUAUAUUUUCUUAAAAUUAAAACAGAAGGUUAUAUUUUAUUGUUCAAGGUACAAUAAUGUAUCAUAAUUCAACUAGUUUAUCAUUAUAGUAGCUAUUUGUACUUGCCUUUUACUGAGCCAAGGUAACUGACAGAGCUUGUUGAGUAAAUUCACUUCCAUCAGGGUCAACAAGA